UAUCAGAGAUCUAAUACAGGUGAAAAACCAUAUGUCUGUCCUGAGUACGGAAAAUACUUUUCAGUGAAGCCCAGUCUUCACACACAUCAGAGAUCUUACAUGGGAGGAGAAGUUGUAUACCUGUUCAGAGUGCGGGAAAUGUUUUUCAGAGAAGCCCUUUUUCUUCAUAUAUGA